GUUGUGGUGGUUACCAGUUGCUGGAACGUAAGUGCCUUGAAGCGCAUUAUUGGCCGUCCCUAACUUUACGUACAGCCAACUAAAAGAAGCGACCAAGAUUCGGGGAUCGGAAACCUAUGUAGCGAACGGAGCUACCCUUGUCCGCAUCAACAUAUCCCAAUUGCACUCUUACGCGGGCAAUCUAUAUCGCAGGUAGUUUUGAAUAUUGCGGGGAUGAGGGGUCGGACGGGGCAGCAAACAUCUACCGUCCGCAGAGUACUCUGGGAGCACUAUGAAUCUACUCUAUCACAAGCCAGAGACUGCCAGUUCGACCGUCUGUGCUUGCCGCAACGAGCCAACCACGCACGCACCACCUUUCGAAGUCACCCCUCCUCGCCCUCGUCGUCGUCGUUCCCCUCCCUCUCCCCCCCCCAUCCUCCUCCUUUCUUCCAGCCCUCCUCCUUCCCCUCCUUCCCAACAACAAACACCACUCUCGAGAGGUCUAGGUCUCACGCAGGCCACCUACAUCAAGUCGCAUACAGACAUACAUCGCAGACAGCCGUCAUUCAUCACCAUCACCGAACAUUCCAUUUCCCCCGUCCGGCCCCCGCCCCGCCCCGGCCCUGGCUGUGUCUGUGUCUGUGGGAUCAUACCAUGCCACAGUUCCCAGCUACUGCACGCUACGCGUUUCGCCUGUUUGCCUGUCUGUUCGCCGACAGGACGCCUAAACUGACCACGCUCCUACAUCCAUACAUACGCACUUCGUCCAGCCCCGCUAGUUGGAUCUACGCGCCCGUCCUCGCGACAGCCGGGAAACCCUCCCUCCCUCCCUUCCUCCCUCCCUCCCCCCUCCCCGGUACAUGCUCGCCACUCCGACUAUGUAUUUGAUUCCAAAUCCGAAUCCGCCGCAUUUCCGUGCCCUUGCGCUCACCACUGCUAUUCCCCCCCUCCUUCAGAGCCAGUAAGAAAGUAAAAUCGAAUAAAAAAAUGGCCCCCCUCCUCUUCCUCCUCCUCUGCGCCCGCUCGUAAAUCCAGCCUUCUUCAGCAGCACCUGCAUAUGCACAUGCG